AUGGUCCUCUCCCCAAUCGAACGUCUACCUCUCGAGCUACUUCAGCCAAUCUUCGUUGCAGCUGAACUCAACAUCGCGUUGCCGAAAGCAUCUCCUUACAUUGCGACGCGGCUUUCUUCCGAGUACAUAUAUCACUCAACCUGCGACUUCUUUCUUACGGAAGUGAGAGGCAAGCGAAUAGAGCAAUCCGCAGCACAGACUCAAAUCUUUGCUACCAAGUGGCUGACAUGGAGCUUCUUCAAGUCCUGGAUUUUGCGGAGAUUUGGGCCUCGCGGAUGCCUCUGUGACUGUACAACGGAUGAAGGCUGCUUCGAUGCGCAGUGGCCCCCAGAUUUCGAGGAUGCUACGAGAAUGGUCUUUUCCAGGAGUCACUUGCCUCGACUUGCAUUUGUGAAGGGUCGUAUACCGAGAAAAUUAUUACGAGCACCAUGGAACCAGGAAAAAACCGAGUUUCUGCGAUUCUUACUAUGGAUCACCAGUAUGAGUGUAGACUGGAACGAUCCCGAAACCUUGCGAGUGGCUACUGAUGGAAGGAAGCAAGCCAUGUUGGAUGGAAACCUCGCAGCAGUGGAGCUAUUCAAUCACAAUAGAAGGUUGGGUCAAGCUGCUGAUUUGGAGACGGUACGUUUCGCGGUGAUGGAAGCAGGCUGUGAUCGGUCUGUCGUGUAUGACACUCUGCUUGCGGCCAACAUGUGGAGUCUUCCUGGAAUUGACCGGUACUCUAUUGAACUCUACGAGUGGUGUGACUCUCGAGCACUAAAGGGAGAUCCAAAGGGUACAUGGCUUCGGAAGAAGCUAGAAGAAUCAGCGGUGCUUUGUGAUCGUAACACAGCAGAUGAGAAGGACUACCGGACUUCGGUUCUGAUAAAGAGUGUGAGCUUAAACCCUGAGACUGAAGCUUACGAUGGCGGACCGGACGAUCAGCUAUGCAUAAAUGAUCUUGAGUGGAACAAGAUCAGGUUGAACAGCUCAUGGGCUCCAAAACCAAGGACACUUUGA